AUGCCCCGACCAAAUGCGAUUAUCAUUGGUGCCGGCCCUUCGGGCAUUGCUAUGGCAUAUAAGCUGAAGCACAAGCUCGGUUUUGAGGAUUUCAUGAUCUACGAGAAACUGGAUGGAGUAGGCGGCACCUGGAGGACAAAUACCUAUCCAGGCUGUGGUUGCGAUAUCCCAAGUCAUCUUUACUCUUUCAGUUUCAACCUCAACCCGAAUUGGUCCAAAGAGCUUUGUGAUCAAUGGGAAAUCCUGGAGUAUAUGGAAGCUACUGUGGACAAAUUCGGGCUUGAUCACCAUGUCAAAACUGGAGUCGAGUGCCUUGGAGCAUCUUGGGAUUCGAAUAAUCUCAGAUGGGACGUCAAAUUUCGCGAUCUACACACGAAUAUUGAGUACACGAGAUCCGCGACCGUCUUUGUGUCCGCAGUCGGAGCGAUUUCAUUUCCGCGCGACACCAGAUUCAAGGGCAUGGAGACCUUCAAAGGUGAUAUGUACCACACUGCUAGAUGGAACCACUCCGUCAAGUAUGCUGGGAAGCGCAUGGCCGUCAUUGGAAACGGCUGUAGCGCGGCGCAGGUGGUACCCCAGGUCUCUAAGUACGCUAGUUUCGUUAAGCAAUACGCGCGUAGCCGACAGUGGUACCAUGAUCGACCUAACCGGACAUACACUGCCUUCGACAAAUGGGCAUUCAAUUAUGUUCCUUUCUGGAUGAAGCUUCUACGUCUAAGUAUAUUCAUCGACGCUGAUCUCUCGACAUCGACCUACAUGGCUACUCCGAAAGGUAUUAGAGCUAGGCAUAAGACCGAAGAAGAGGCAAAGAAGUAUAUUUACGGCAAAACUCCCAAGAAAUAUCACGACCUGAUCGUUCCAACGUUCCAGCUGGGAUGCAAGCGCCGGAUAUUCGACCCAGAAUACUUGGACUCCCUUCACAACUCUAACGUCGAGCUUGUUGCGGAAGGAAUCCAGGAGAUUACCGAGGAUGGCAUCAUCAGCAGCGCAGGCAUUCACGAAAAAUUUGACAUCAUCGUACUUGCAACCGGUUUCCAGGUAUCACAGUUCCUCACGCCUAUGGAGAUUAUCGGAAAGCAUGGCAUCUCGCUUAAUCAACAGUGGAGAGAGUGCAGAGGUGCUCAAGCGUACCUUGGUACGCAUGUACACAAUUUUCCCAACCUCGCUAUCAUUUUUGGUCCAAACACGUUCCCGGCGAACAAUUCCGCCUUGUUCGCCUGCGAGACUCAAGUUGACUUUGCCAUUAGGUCGCUCUUCGCUCCGAUCUUGGACAAUAGAGCCCGCGUCAUCGAAGUGAAGCAAUCGGCUGAAGAUCGUGAGACGCAGAAGGUCCAUAAGGCGCUACGCAACAGCGUCUUUGCAGGCGCUUGCAGCAACUGGUACAUCGGUGACUUUGGCCGCAACGCUGCUUCGUGGCCGGGAUACGCCCUGUCUUUCUGGGUAGCGACCUACUUUCCUAAGUGGUCCGCGUUCGAGAUGGAUGGUGGUACCAGGUUUUGGGCAUUCAAUUCACUGACUAGGUGGCUUCGGACUGAGAAGACCAUCAUCGUGCUAUUUGUCGUGCUAGCCGCUGCAGCGUUGCACUUCAGUCUGAUUAGGUCUUUUGGAGAACUGCUCGCCGUGACAGAGUAA